AUGUUUAAAUCUUCAAUUUCAUCUUAUUUAAUUCCACAAUGGUUCAACAGAAAUAAACCUAUUACUAAACAACAAACUGACUCAUCGUCAAUUCCAAAAAACAUCAUUAUAAAAAAUGAUGAUAAUAAAUUAAUCAAUAUAUCAAUGAACAACAAUAAAGUUUCAUUAGACGAAGGUGAAGAUGAUUUUAUCGACAUUCAAACUAAGCAAUUAACUUAUGCUGAAGUUGCUUCAUUAGGUAAAAAUAAGUCACAAACAAAUAAUAAAGUCAAAAAAACUUCAAUUCCUUCAAAGGGUAUUGUUGAAUCAAAUCAAUUUGAUGUUUUGGGUGAUGAUUUAGAAAAAAGUCAAGAUGCUAUCGAGGCUUCAACUCAACCAACAACUUACGAUUUAUUUAAAACUGAUGAUGAAUAUCAAAAAAGUAAAAACUACAAAUCAAAGCAAUUUGAAACAAUUCAAAAGAAAAAGGCCAAAAAUCAAAAUUUAAAAGCUAAAGCUAAAAAAGUAUGA